AUGGUCGUUGACCCUGGAGCAUCGUCCAUCACGGUCGCAGUUCGAGUGCGACCAUUCACAAUCCGCGAAGCUGCACAAUUAACACGAAACGAUGAGGGCACCGUCUUUUUGGGCGACGGCUCUCUCGCCGCCGCGCCCCCCAAGCUCCAAAGAGGCGGCAUCCGACCCGUGAUCAAGGUCAUCGACGACAGGUGCCUUGUCUUCGACCCCCCAGAGGACAACCCCGUCCACAAGUUCGGCCGAUCCGUCGUCCCCCAAGGUAAGAAGGUCAAGGAUCAGACCUUCAUGUUCGACAGAAUCUUCGACGACAACGCAACCCAGAACGAUGUCUACGAGGGCACAACCAAACAGCUGAUCGACAGCGUCCUCGACGGCUACAAUGCCACCGUCUUCGCCUACGGCGCAACCGGCUGCGGCAAGACGCACACCAUUACCGGCACAUCACAGCACCCUGGUAUCAUCUUCCUCACCAUGCAGGAACUGUUCGAGAAGAUCAAUGAGCGAAGCCAGGACAAGACCACCGAGGUCACUCUCUCGUACCUCGAAAUCUACAACGAGACCAUCCGCGACUUGCUGGUCCCCGGAGGCAGCAAACAGGGAUUGAUGCUCCGCGAGGACUCGAACCAGGCCGUCUCCGUUGCAGGUCUUACCAGCCAUCAGCCCAAGGACGUCCAGGAGGUCAUGGACAUGAUUGUGCAGGGUAAUGAGUGGCGCACUGUCUCCCCGACUGCGGCCAACGCCACGUCCUCGCGAUCUCACGCCGUCCUCCAGAUCAACGUCGCCCAGAAGGACCGCACUGCGUCCGUCAACGAACCACACACAAUGGCCACGCUCAGCAUCAUCGAUCUUGCCGGUAGCGAGCGUGCCAGCGCCACGAAGAACCGCGGCGAGCGCCUCCUCGAAGGUGCAAACAUCAACAAAUCCCUCUUGGCUCUGGGAAGCUGUAUCAACGCCUUGUGCGACCCUCACAAGCGCAACCACGUACCAUAUCGCAACAGCAAGCUUACUCGACUCCUCAAGUUUUCCCUCGGUGGAAAUUGCAAGACUGUCAUGAUUGUCUGUGUCAGUCCCUCCAGCGUCCACUUCGACGAGACGCAAAACACCCUCCGAUACGCCAACCGGGCAAAGAACAUCCAGACCAAGGUUACCCGUAACGUUUUCAACGUAAACAGACACGUCAAGGAUUUCUUGGUCAAGAUCGACGAGCAGAUGGCCUUGAUCAACGAGCUCAAGGCGCAGCAGAAGGACGCGGAGAAGCUUUUCUACGCCAAGUUCCGCAAGCAGAUGGAGAAGCAGAACUCGGUUGGCCGCGAGGGAAUUCAGCGCUUGCGUGUGGCGUACGAAAAUUCUGCCUCCGAGCGGAAAGACAAGAUCAACAACAUGAAGAAGCUACGGGCCUUUGAGAGGAGAAUUGGUCUGCUCUCUGCGUGGAUUGCAUCGUUUGACACCGUUUGCGAUACCAGAGGAGACGAGGAAUCGAUGCCCCCGCCCCUUGUCGCCAUUCGCAAGACGGCGCAGGGAAUCAUGGUGGAGUUGGAGCACAGUCGCCAGCACAUCCACCAAAAGUUGGAGAGCACCAACUGGGAGCGUGCAAUUGAUACUGCCCUCCACCACAGUCUGAAGCAGUUGCCUGGCGGCGAUGCUGACGGCCCUGAGGUCGACAGUCUGACUCGCGAGGCCGAGCUUCUCAAGGCCAACUUUGGCAGGGAUGCCAACCGCGAGGUAUUGGAGAUGGACAAGGCAGGCGACGCCGCCAUGGUCCAGGUUCUUCUGACGGCGCAAUUCGACAUGCUUGCAUCGCUCGCUGAUACGCUCGCCAUGAACGAGGAUGAGGCCGUUGAGCACGCCAAGCAGAUCAUCAACCGGCUGCUGGAGGUAGGCUUCUCGGCUGCGACCAAUAUUGUCAAGCCCGAUGGUGUCAAGAUCCCGCUCGAGAAAUUCUCACCCACCAAGAAGGGAACGCCAAAGCGCAAGAAGGCGGUUGUGAACAAUGUCGCACCCAUGCCCCAACCCGCUUUCGUCCCGGCUCCCGAGCCCUCUCCCCAGAAGACUCACGCAUCCCCUAUGAAGUCGUCACCCCGUCGUAAGAAAGCAGGCGCUCCGCGAAGUCCUCGUAAGGGAGUCUCUUUCACGCCUGUCAAGAAGAAAAUGGAGUUCAAGCGUGCCGUUCGCUGGAGAGACGACGAGACGGAGUCGGGGCUUGCGGAUUUCGAGAAGACACCUAAGAAGUACGACUCCACGCCGGAGCAGAACAAUUCGCCCGACAAGUUUGGCCCUCCCCUGAGGAUGCCUGCGCUUCCAUCCUACCUCCAGGAGGAAGACAACACCACAACUUCGUUCAGCUCGGAAUCGAGCCCGACGUUGGAGCUCCCGGAGACUGGGUCCAUCCCAAUGGCCAAGCCUAACAGGUUCCAGGCUGGAUUCCUGUCCAAGGGGGCCACCCGUGUAUCAUCCGUUGGCUCGGGGUCACCUACCUCCCUCCCGAUAAUGACAGCAAACUUGGGCUCUUCACCACUUUCAGACAGUGGUCGCUCGGCUCCUCUACGCGCCCUCGACGUUCAUCGUUCUUCAAACCUCUCGCCGCCAGCCUUCCGCUCUAGAAUCGCGAGGGCUAGCCCGCCUCCAAGGACGUCGCUGUCCGGCUCCGGUCUCUCCGUAGAUGAGAACAACCCGCCGGCGUCUCAGACGGCCUCCGGUUCCGACUCUGAAUCUCCGAGCAUUGACCCCCGGAAGAUCCGGUCGGCGCUGCAGAACAUGAAGAAGGUUCGCGGCGAACACCGUCGCAUCUCAUCCAUGUCGGGCACUGCGGCUUCCAAUGCGAGGCGUGUCUCUUCCGUCAGCUCGACCUCUUCGGGCCAUCGACAAUCGCUCAGCUUCUCGGGUCCUGUCGCAAGUAGCACAAACGGCAUCUCGAGACACCGCCGUGCCAGUGCUGAGCGAAGGCUAUCGCCGCCCAUGACCUGCUCGCCACCCGACAUGCGGGGUGAUCGGGCAUUCACCGCAGGACAGGCCAGACGCAUGCACCUGGGAGGCAGCUUGAGAGUAGAAGGAGGAAGCCCGCAGCAACACAGAGUUGCCGGGGCCGGGUUCGGGAACAGGCGCAUCACCAUCGGCAGUCUCGCCGCCAACGUUGCGGCCAACAACGGAAAAAUAGAGAAAGCAUCCAGGCCCAGCGUGGCUGGCUGGCGUUGA